CCUAGUCCACAUGAAUGGGAGGAACUCAGGAAGAAGGAAUUUUAAUACUUGGAGUUAGUAGUGGUGUCAAAAAGUUUAUAGCUUAUUUAACCACACUUUAUGUGCCAUCUUUAUCUUUCCAAAGAUUAGAUGUGACCAAAUGAGUCGAAUACAUCUUUUACCUUUCCAAAGAUUAUGAGUUGAAAUUAUUUUUUAUAAAGUGUUAGUAUUAUUUUCUUCAUGUCACACAUCUUUCAGGAAUUUUCCUUGCACUGAUUGAGCAUUUUCUUGCUCAAAAAAGUUUCAACUAAUGGUAAGUUUCUAGAAAUGGUGGAGUUGACUUCAUAUUGAAGAAAUUCAUUCUAACUUCUUAAUUUCUGGCUAUUAUUAAUUUCCAUAGCUUGAGGUAGUAGUUGAUCUGGUUGCGAGUAAUGGAAAACUCGAGCAAGUUUCAACUUCAGAGAACUCUUUCUAUUCAGUCCUGCUUCCAGGAACUAAACUCCAUCCCGGCCUCUGGUGGUGCUGAAGAACCUGACUUGAACAACACUGGAAUCACUUCUUACCCUCUUGUUCAAGUUCAGCCAACCUACUGUUCCAAUGGUCAAAUCCCAAAUCACACUUCCAUGCAGUCCGUUCCUGCUGGGACACAAACACAUCUUAUUUCAUUUUCGGAGAGAGUUGAGGGGACUUAUCCCGCCAGGAAUCUUGCAAUGUAUGUUCCUCUAUACCAUGCUGCACUCAAGGGUGAUUGGGAAAAAGCAAAAGAAUUUUUUUAUCUACAUCCUCAAGCAAUAACUGCAAGGAUCACAAACCGAGGGGAAAGUGUUCUGCAUAUUGCAGCAGGCGCAAAACAGAUAAUAUUUGUACAAGAAUUGGUCAAAAUGAUGAAUUCAUUGGAUUUGGCACUUAAAAAUAAGUAUGAAAAUACUGCACUUUGCUUUGCUGUUGCAUCUGGUAUUACAAAAAUUGCAGAGUUAAUGGUAGCAAAAAACAGUGACUUGCCUAUGAUAAGAGGUAUCAAUGGAGUGACAGCCCUACACAUUGCUGCUUUAAUGGGAUAUAGAGACAUGGUCUGGUAUAUUUAUUCAGUAACGGAUAACCAAUUUCUUUCCAAAGAGGACUAUGUUGGGCUACUAAUUGCAACUAUUAGCUCUGAUUUAUAUGAUGUUGCUCUGCAUAUACUUGAACACAAACCAGAACUAGCCAUUGAAAGAGAGCCCAAUGGCGAGACAGCACUUCAUGUUCUAGCUCGAAAGACUUCAGCAUUUUCAGGCAAAAGUAAACAAGACCACUUAGGUCUGAUUGCAAAACUGUUGAACAAGACUGGUCGUACUAGCAACUUCAGAUUUCUCAAUCAUGCUAUGCACCUAACAGGAAUCCAGGGAGUUAUUGAGAAAAUGCUGAUGCAAUCUCAAGCCCUGGAGUUUGUAAAAUUCUUGUGGAAACAGGUUCUCUUCUUAUUGGAUGAUUCAGAAAUUGAGAGGUUAUUCAGGAGCCCUUCACGACCAUUAUUCAUAGCUGCAGAAUUUGGAAACUUUCAGUUCAUCAGGGAGCUUAUUCUCUCCUAUCCUGAUCUCAUUUGGAAAGUUGAUGAGCAAAGUCGAAGCAUUUUUCACAUUGCAGUUAUUCAUCGCCAAGAAAAAAUCUUCAAACUUCUUUAUGACAUAGGUGCGCACAAAGAUUUGAUCACAUCCUCUAAGAACCCCAACAAUUGUAACAUUUUACACUUGGCUGCAAACUUGGCUCCUUCAAAUAGACUUAAAAUUGUCUCUGGUGCAGCACUUCAAAUGCAACGGGAGUUGCUGUGGUUUAAGGAAGUUGAGAAGAAUAUGCAGCCAUUAUACAAGGAAAUGAAAGACUCAGAAGGUAGAACACCCCAAAUGCUAUUUACUCAGGAACACAAGGGAUUAGUCGAGAGUGGGGAGAAAUGGAUGAAGGAUACAGCAUCAUCCUGCAUGCUUGUUGCAACACUUAUUACUACAGUAAUGUUUGCUGCAAUUUUUACUGUACCAGGAGGCAACAACAAUAAUACAGGAACCCCUAUGUUCCUUAGGGACAAGUCAUUUAUAAUUUUCUCCAUAUCAGAUGCACUUGCUCUGUUCUCCUCUGUGACAUCUAUAUUGAUGUUCUUAUCUAUCCUCACCUCGCGUUAUGCUGAAGAAGAUUUCCUGGAGUCCUUGCCGAAGAGGCUGAUUAUUGGCCUAACAACACUUUUCUUUUCUAUAGCAUCAAUGCUUCUAGCUUUUAGUGCAAGCUUUUUCAUUGUGGUUGGACAUCAACUGGCUUGGGUUAUUAUCCCGAUUGCUCUCACUGCUUGUGUUCCAGUUACGCUAUUUGCGUUCUUACAGUUUCCUUUGUUGGCUGAUGUUAUGCAUUCUACUUAUGGAUCAGGAAUAUUUUCCAUGGAAAGGAACGAAAGGCUUUAUUAGGCUAUUUAUGAGCUGAUUACUCUAUUAUGAGAUAACAGAGUAAAGCAAAGGACACCUUUUGCAAUCAUACUUGGAUAAAACUCCUUGGACAGGCCUCUGUCCAAACACAGGCCGACGUGGCAGCCCCCUAUUGGCAGCCUCUGUCCAUAUAGCAUCCCCCAUUGUAGUUUUGACUUGUGCAAAUUGGUUUACCACUUGUGAUAAUUAUUUUGGCUUUCUGUGCUUUUGAUGGAUUGUGUGAAUGGGCUUGCUACAUGUACAGAAUGUGAGAGAUGUCCCUGACUCUCCUUAGAAAAAAGUUCUUUGGCACCUGUUCUUCCAGUUUUUUUGUUGUAUAUUCAUCCCAAUUUUCUUAUUUACCUUAUAAUACAUAAAGUUGUGAUUCUUA